GGUGUCGACAUCCAAAACAGACACACUGUGGGUAACCAUGGGAAAACCCGAAGUGAAUUGAUGUGCACCAGUCCAGCUCAAAAGCUUGAUUGUUAACGAGUUUCCACACAGUUCAUUGCAGGGGGUUGUAAAAACAAAAGUGAAAGAAAGAAAAACAUUCGAAAAGUCGUUAGGAGGGGGUUGAAGCAACGUUAGGCUGGUCCCUGUGUCCGUCUGCCUAUACAACAGGAGUCGAGAUAUAAUAUCACGCAAGCGCAAAGGGCGAGGACGAAGGGGACGGCGCAGUGGCACAUCAGAGCAGUUCAGAGUUGCUCAUUGUUUGCUGUCUGCAGUGCGUCAGUGGUCGGCUAGCCUGUCGCCAUCGUCUUUGCUGGUGCCCAAGCCAAUUGUGCAAGUGUCAGUGCCAUCUAAACCACUUCGGCUGUGUGUGUCGAGUGCCAACCUGUGCCAAUUUUGGUUUGUUCGUUUCUUCUAUUCCAGAGAAGAUUAUUUUCGAAAAUGGUCGAUAUUAGUCGUGUCAAACAAACUGUGUAGGAGCAGCAGCACACAUCGAUCCUGGCUCCUUCACAUAUAUAUCUACGUACCUCCGUCAUUGUUGAAUGCUGUUGGAUCCCCUCAUAUUCUCCCCCCUUGGUCUCUGUCUAUUCCUCGCAAACGCCCACCACCACCCGCGCCAAAUCAACGGCGCAACUUGCCAACUGAAACUUUCUUCUAUAUAACAAUUUCUCCUAUAAAGUGAAACUUAACUUUGCACGAUCGAAUUGUAACAAAACAAAAACAAAAAAGACAAAAAAGAUGACGAACACGGAGGAAACGUUGGCAGAAGUGACUGUCGAAGAAGAAGUUCAGGCUUUGAACACGCAGCCUUCCGGCCGUCCGGCUCGGCACAUUGACGACAAUAAAGCCUAUAAGGAACUUUCCGAAUUUCACGAAAGAGCCAUCAGCGAGUGUGGAAUCGGCCGUUUCCACUGGAUGCUGCUGGCAGCCUGCGGAAUGGGACUAGCAGCUGACACGGCUGAGCUCUUAGUUCUGGGCUUCGUUCUGCCAAGCGCCGAAGUGGAUUUCUGCAUCAGUCAAACCGAAAAACGGGUUCUCGGAGUGGUGACGUACACGGGACUGGCGACGGGAGCGCUGCUGUGGGGAUGCAUGGCGGAUCGGGUGGGUCGUCGGCGAACGCUGUUAACUGCAAUGACGCUGGCCGCAAUUUUCGAUUUGAUGGCCGCCCUUAUGCCCACUUUUGGCACCUUCCUCACCGCCCGCCUACUCGGCGGAAUUGGACUGGGCGGUUCGCUGCCCAUACUCAUCGCUUACUUCAGCGAAUUCAUCCCGCGGCCGCAACGAGUCAAGUUCUUGUGCGCCCUCCUCGCUUGCUGGGCCUUUGGAGGCAUCUACGUCGCUCUGAUGGCCUGGGCCAUCCUCCCCAAAACAGGUGUCAUGGUGGUGCUGGACGGCCAGGAACAUUUCAGCGCUUGGCAUAUUUUCUUGAUCGUCUGUGCCAUUCCCACGCCGUUGGCAGUCAUUGGGCUACUGGCCCUGCCCGAAUCGCCACGCAUUCUCUUGCAAAUUGGGCAUGAAAGCGAGGCCCUCGUCAUCUAUCAAAGAAUAUUCCAAAAGAAUCAUCCUAAACUAACCGUGGACGAGUACAAAGUCUCCGAGACAGAUCUGCCAUCAUCUCAGAAGCACAAACUCAGGAGAGAAAACAGCCAGGAUGAUAAGGACCAGGCCACGUCUCAUCCAACGACCGUCAGACAGAAAUCCAUUCUCUCCGUUCUCUCCUACACGCUAGUCAAUUUUGGAUCGCUCAUUUCGAAAAUAUUUGCUGCCAAUCAUCGUCGAGCUACACUUCCAAUCAUCGUAACUUGGGUUUUCGCUUCUUUCGGGUACUACGGACUUUCAUUAUGGUUCCCGGAAUACGUCAAAUAUCUGAAAGGUCAAGACUUCAAACUGAAAGCCUCGACGCUGAUGAAUGUCAGUUACUCUGACAUCCAAUUCAAUCAGUCGAUCGAGAACAUGAUCUACGUCAACGGCCGUUUCACCAACGUCCGAUUCCAGAAUUUGAUUCUCAACCACGUCGUGUUCGACUCGUGCCAUUUCGAGCAAGUCUCUUUCAUCAAAAUCAAAUCCAGCCGCUCGCUAUUCCGCAAUUCCACCAUCCUGCAGUCGACCUUUGUCGACACGGAUUUCUUUCCCUAUCGCUUCGAGGGCUGCCACAUGGAGGACACGACUUUCGACAGCAUGGACGCAUUCUGCCCGCUCGACUUUGACUACAACAUCCACUUGGGCGAAGUCUUCCUCGAGCAAUUAAUUGGCGAACUUUCACUCAUUCCGGGCCUCGUUUUGGCCGCUCUACUCAUGGACCGCUUCGGGCGCGCUCGGCUCAUCAGUAUAUCCCUCCUGUUGUGCAGCUUACUGACGCUGACACUAGCGGCCGUACAAUCACCAGAAGCCGUCAUCGGAGUCGAAGCGGCCUUUAAUGUCUUUUUUGCCGUUGGCUUGGCGUCGUUGACAGUGGCAUCCACCGAAACCUGUCCAACAUAUAUUAGGGCGACCGGCUGGGGGCUGAUCAACACAUUAAGCCGGGGCGCCGGACUUGCUGGACUGUUCGUCUACGACUCGAUGCUCGAGUGCACGGUGCUGGCUUCUUGUUUCGUGACGUCCGGCGUGAUGUUGACGUCAGCCGUCGUCAGUCUUUUGAUCAUUGAAACUCGUCACACGCUCCUCUAAAAAAAAAAACAAGUUGUGGUGACGGAAAGGAAAGAUCUCAUUCGUUCAAGUUCCUUUCCCACCUGGCAGCAGGUGCCACCCUCGAAAAUGUCAAUCGAAAAAAAUUGUUUUAUUGACUGUGCUGUGCAGAUAUGUCGAAUACGGAUCACGAUGUGUUAAUUUUCUCCUCAUAUUGCUCCCCUUACGUGUCUUUAGACCACUACAUUUGAAAUGAUGUGUUCUCUCCUUUUCGAUUCACGAGAAAUGUCGUCUACUUGCUCGCUGCCUCCCUUUUCUUAUACAUAAUACGUCGUGUUCUCCCUUCUGUAUACUACAAUCAAAUCCCUCCUAUAAUAUCCGUGCCGAUGAAAGAUGGGCCAACGGCGCUCACUCUGUCUGGUUGUGCAUCUCUCUCACUUAACUAUACAUCAUGUUGCUGAAUAGCGCGCUGUUCUAAAAACUAUACAUAGUCUGGCGAAACAAAUAGCAUUUACAAUUUGAAUCUUUAUAGAAAGGUUUCCAAUGAUGUAUGCAGCUAAAUUAGGCAAAAGUCCAUUUUUUCUCCUCAAAUUAUCAAACUCAGCAGCAGCAGAAGAGCCCGUCGAGAAUCCCAGCAACGGCCAACCCCUCCCCUUCUCCUUCAUGGUCAGCAUGGACUGCUCAAAUCCAACAAGAAAAAGAAGAAAACACACCCGAUCCUCGUGUAAAAAGAAAAACAAUAUAUAUACAAAAAAUAAAAAAAUUAAAGUGACUCGUCAGAUCAUCGUUUCAUACAUACGACAAUAAACAUUGA